AUGAAAUCUCUUCGCAAGUCCCUGAACAGCGCCAGGGAGUCCGCCUCGCGCCCCCAGAUAUCCACCCCGGUGCCUCUCCCAGCAGUCUCAAAGCCACCCUCUGCCAUUCUGCCUCCUCAGAAAGUCAUCCGGGCUCUCUCCUCCUACAGGUCACAGGCUCCCCAGGAGCUCUCUUUCGUCAAAGGCGACUUCUUUCAUGUUCUCAAAGACGUCGAUGACACAGGUGCUUGGUAUGAGGCACACAAUCCAGUCUCCGGUGCGCGUGGAUUGGUUCCGCGAUCUAUGUUUGAGGAGUUUGGUAAAAGCGCCGCACCAUCUCGUAUAUCUCAGGCGGGGCCAUCCAUCAAGUCGGUCGGUUCACCAGUAAUUUCAACCACGCGAUCAGAACCUCCGCCAACACCGUCGGGCCCCAGACAUCAAGUGUUCUACGCUGUAGUCCUUCAUGAUUUUACUGCAGAACGAGCAGAUGAACUGGAUGCCAAGCGCGGCGAUCCGAUCACCGUUGUAGCACAAUCCAAUCGCGAGUGGUUCGUUGCAAAGCCCAUCGGUCGUCUCGGUCGGCCAGGUCUAAUUCCAGUUGCAUUUGUUGAAAUCCAUGAUCCCGCGUCUGGUCAGGCAGUUGUUGAUAUCGAUGCUCUCAUGGAUAGUGGUGCGCUGCCAAAGGUCGAAGACUGGAAGCGGGCCAUGCUUACCUACAAGGCAAAUAGCAUCGCACUUGGUGUUAUUGAUGCACCCGCCAAACCUGUUGAGAAUAGUCCAUACUCUUCCCAGCCACCCACAAUGAACAGCCCACAGGUGGAUCCUCGCUCGGACACUCCAGAUGCUUUGCCUGAAGGUAUUCUUCUCUCCGCUGAUGUCGUUUCGUUCCAUUACGAAAUGGAGGAUUACUGGUUCCGAAUCGAUGCCGUUUUCCAGCCCUAUAACCUGUCGGGAGCUAGGCUUCCUCCUUCAAAAACGCUUAUCCUCUUCCGUCAGUACAAUGAUUUCUAUGACUUUCAGGUGUCUCUUUUGGACACUUUCCCUCGAGAAGCUGGCAGAGAGCCUCCUGAGCCGCGGACACUACCAUAUAUGCCUGGUCCCGCACAAGAUGUCGAUGAUACUUUAACAGCUACCCGCAGAGUUGAGUUGGAUGAUUAUGUGCAUUCCCUUUGUAACUUAGGUAAAACUGGGGGGAGGUACAUUUUAGAACAUUUAGUCGUCCGAAGAUUUUUGGCACUGAAACCGGGAGACGUGGAAAAUGAAGGGGAGCCGCGAAUAAAGGAAAUACAGGAAAUCGACGCGCUUUCUAACACAGACCAGAUUAGUGAUGAUACCUACGACCGCGAUGAUUACGAUGUUCGGCAACAAAUGGAUCGUUUGAAUAUUCAAGAACGCCCUGUGAGCAAUGGGUCGGAAUAUGAAGAUGAGGGAUACGCACCAUCUCCCCAGCGGAAAAAUUAUGACAAACAUCCUUACCACCAGGGUAACCAGCGCCAUCCCGACGACAAUCUACGUCUUCACGCCCAUGCUCAAAACCAUCAGCGGUCAGGUUCUUCGUCAUCGUUCAACAAUACAAACUCAAGCUAUCAGUCAAACUCUCGUUCCAAUUCACCGCUUCAGCGCAACGGUUCUCCGCAACCUGGCAGGAACGGUCACAAUUCGAAUGGACACUCACGAUGGAACGACAAUGGGUAUCAGCCAUCCGACAUGACGCCAUCGACAGAAUCAUACCGAACCUCACAAGCAUCCCAAUCAGCGUCGUCGCGUUCACGCUCCCAUUCCAACGCUGGCAACCUAAACACACCACCGAUAUCAGCCUCCAAUCCUCAGACUGCCUUUGUGAAGAUCAAGAUCUUCGAUCGUGUCGCCGACGAUUUGAUUGCCAUUCGAGUUCAUCCCAAGGUGACGCAUGCUGAGCUGAUGGAUAAGGUACAAGCACGGCUGGGAGGCGAAGUUGGUAAUCUGAGAUAUCGUGAUAGCAUGACGAAUACGUUCGUUGGUCUCGAUUCCGAUGAAGAGCUACGAGCCUGGAUGGAAGGGACAGAUAAGCACGUCCUUUAUGCCGAUUGA